CGACUCGCCGUAGUUUUUUGACAGCUGGAUGAAGUAAAUAUGGCCGAAGAAAGUCUGAUUGAAGGCGAAGAUGAAAACAUUUUGUACGACUUGCUUGUCAUAACUGAAUGGCCGCCUGAAACGGACACUCAGCUGCGUGGCAACAAGGAGCACAACACCUCACUUAUUGCAAAGGCGGUGACAGGGCCAUUCCGCCUUAUCUUACACUACCUAUGGUACAGCCCGUCCAGCUCUUCUCUUCCUCUUGGCCUUGUCCACUUGGCAAACAAGCAGAUCAACUGGCAGCUGGUGCUCGCAAGCAAUGGCAAACUGCUGGCAGUGGUUCAGGACCAGUGUGUGGAGAUUAGAUCCGUGAGAGAUGACUUCGGCUCAGUCAUCGGAAAGUGCCAGGUGCCAAAGGAUCCAAACCCCCAAUGGCGAAAGGUAGCAUGGAGCCAUGACUGCACCCUGCUGGCAUUCGCUGACAGCACCGGCACCACACGUCUCUUUGACCUCAUAGGCAGUGAACUGUUUGUCAUCCCACCGGCGCUAAGUUUUCCCGGGGAUUUUAGCUGUGCAGUGGCCGGCCUGAUCUUCCUGGAGUGCACAGCCAGCGCUCAGUGGUCAGCUGAGCUGCUUGUUAUUUCAUAUGGCGGGGGUCUCAAGAGUUACCUCGUUAGUGUGGGGACCAAUCAGAACUUCCAGGAUAACCACAGCUUCAAUUUUUCCACUCACUACUCUCAUGGCAUCACCUCGGCUAUUUACCACCCUGGACACCGACUGCUGCUGGUGGGAGGCUGUGAGUCAGGGGAUGACAGCACAUCCAAGGCCUCAUGCUGCGGGAUUACAGCCUGGAGGACUCUGUCUGGCUCCCCUCACUACAAGCAGGUCACCAGCUACGAGGACGACGUCAACCCAAAUCAGAAGAGAGGCUAUCUCAGGAUGCCCAGCUUCAGAUUCUUCCCAAGACAAGGAAAUGAAAAGGACGGUGUGUUCCGCAUGAGUCUGAGCCCCGAUGGCACUCUGCUGGCGGUCAUCCACUUUUCCGGACGUCUGUCUCUCUGGGACGUCCCAUCAUUCAAGGAGAGGGCCGCAUGGAGCCAAGACCAACAGCCAGGAUUUGAGGAGAUCAACCCAGAGUGGAAGACAUCGCUGGAGAGGAGGAAGAAAAUAAAAGAUAAGGAGCAGUACUUCCCUCUUGUGGAUGUCAGCUGGUGGAGCGACAACGUGUUGAUUCUGGCUCGCUGCUCCGGCUCCGUCACCGUCUCCUCCGUCAGGACGCUGCGCAACCUGCUGGGGAAAUCCUGCGAGUGGUUCGAGCAGUCACCUCGUGUCACCGCAGCACACGAUGGGGGCUUCCUCAGCCUCGAGUGCGAGGUGAAGCUGGCUCAGAAGCGUGGGCGUCUGGAGAGCAACCUGAGCGGUGAAGAUGAGGAGGGUGAUGACGGCGGGGACUCUGACUCAGACGAGGAGUCCUCAGCCAAAGCCCGCUACUUUGGCUACAUCAAGCAGGGUCUGUACUAUGUGACAGAGAUGGAGCGGUUCGCCCCGCCGCGCAAACGCCCACGCACUGUAAUGAAGAACUACCGUCUGGUCAGCUUAAGGUCAACCACGCCAGAGGAGUUGAAGAGCCAGAAAAUUGACAAUGAAGAAUAUGGGGAGGCUCUGUCUCUUGCCCAAGCGUAUAAUUUGGAUUCAGACCUUGUCUACCAGAGACAGUGGAGGAAGAGUACUGUCAGCAUUGCCUCAAUACAAGAUUAUCUGAGCAAGAUCUGCAAGCGCUCAUGGGUGCUGCACGAAUGUGUGGAGCGUGUCCCAGAGAACGUUGAUGCAGCCAAGGAGCUGCUGAUGUACGGCCUGAAGGGGACCGACCUCGAGGCUCUCAUUGCCAUAGGAAACAGGGAAGAUGGGGGCAGGUUUAUCAUGCCGGGCGAUGUAGACCUUGACGACGUCCCUUACGAAGACAUGCUGUCAGACGAUGCAGAGCAGGAGAUGAAGAAAGAGAGAGACAGCAGGAAGAGAGGAGAGCUACUGGCCAAGGUCGACUUCAGCAGGCUGACCCUGGAGCAGAAGGAGCUGUGUCGGAGCCGAUUGAAACUUCUCUCCUACCUGGACCGACUAGCUACAUAUGAGGAGAUACUUGGCGGUCCUCAUGCUGCCGAGCAGAAAUACGACGCUGAGUUCUUCAAGAAGUUCCGCAGCCAGAAUAUUGUUUUGUCAGCAAGAAACUACGCCAGGGAGAGUAACGUGCAGGCUCUGGAUAUUCUCUUCACGUACCAUGGAGCAGAACUCCUCCAGCACCGGCUAGCUGUCCUCCACAACUUCCCAGAAACCACCUCUCCACACGAGUACACCAUCCUGCUGCCUGAAGCCUGUCUGGAUGACAGAGGUGAGCUGGUGUUGAUCCCAUGGGAUGAGCAGAGACACCGAGAGAUGGACUGGUGUGAAGCAGAGGAGUGCAGAGCGGUGCUGGACCAGAACUUGUUUGACAAUGACAGUUUCCUGUAUGAGGAGACUCCAGAGCGGCUGAGGUUCCGAGCAGCUGAGCCCCCCAUAGAGCUGCUGACUGACUGGUACCAAAUCAGAGCGAAGGACAUCGACGCCUGUUCCCGACAGGUGGACUGCGCCCUGUCUCUGGUGCGUCUUGGGAAGGAGCGGGAGAUCCCAGGGCUCGAGCUCUUGUGCGAUGACUUGGUCACCAUGGAAACGCUGGUGUAUGAGACAUCAUGUGAAUUGAGUCUGACGCUUAAAGAUUUUCAGCAACUAAGUGACAUCGACAAGCUCCGCCUGCUCAUGAAAAAUUCUAGCCCUGAGCGUUAUGUGAAAGAUGCCUUCCAGUGGAUGGUGCCAUUCCUGCAUCGAUGUGAGGGACAGAAGGAGGGUGCUGCGAAGUCUCUGCUCAGAGAGUACCUGGUCUGCCAGGCCCAGAGUGACCUCACCCUGCCCCUCAUCAUCUUCCAGCACUCCAAACCUGACUGCCAGCAGAAGAUCAUCGGGGACCCAGACCAGCUGAUGACGGUGGCCCUGGAGUGCAUCUAUGGCUGUGAGAGAGACAACCAGCUGAGCCUGUGUUACGACAUCCUGGAGUGUCUGCCGCAGAGAGGCUUCGGACCUGACACAGACAUCACCUCAUCCCUCCAUGAUCAAGUGGACAAACUUGAGAAGCAUCUCAGUGUGGUGGAGAUUUUGGAGAAGCACGGCCUUCAGAAACCCAUCUCCUAUGUGAAGAACAGCCAGAACAGUGAAGAGGAAGCCCACCAACUGAUGGUGAAACUGUGCCGCCACACAGGCCGCAAAAAUCCUCCAGUGAGUGAGACGGUGUGGAGAGGUCUCUUGCAGGAUCUGCUCGACAUGCAGCAGAACGUCUACACCUGUCUGAAAGCAGAGACAUGUCACCAGGUCUUUGUUGAGUCCCUACUGUGCUCGAGCCGUGUGGAGAACGUACGCCUGGCAGGGCAGCUCAUGCACUGCUCCAAGGAAAACCAGGAUGUUCCUGUCAGCUUGUCUUUCCGGGGAAAAGGUUGCGCCCUGAAGGUGGCCUACAACAGCAGCGCAGAGUUAGUGCUGGCUGCUGCCAGAGAGUACUUCAACUCAUCCACAACACUCACAGACCCCUGCAUGGGUCUGGCCAGGGCGUGUCUCCAACUGAUCACAGACUGUCCUCCAGCUGUCCAGGACGAGCUGGACCUUAUUAGCGCCCUUGGCCAACUGGCAGACUUCAGCGUCAACAUCCUGCCCCUGCAAGUGCGUCUGCGAUCAGACCGUCUGUCGCUCAUAGAGGAAUGCAUCGCCCAAAACUCCACGGCCUACAAGCAGUCCACGACUCUGCUGCAUCUGGCCUCACUCCUCAGAGUGGCAGGAGAUGACAAGGCCACACGGAAAGGCCAAGUGCUGACCCUGCUGGCCGAGCAAGCUCUCCAGUGUCUGGACUUCAAGGCCUCCUACAUCCACUGUCAGGACCUCAUGGCUGCAGGUUACAGUCCGGCGUGGGAGGUGUGCAGUCUGCUCGGUCAGUGUGAAGGCUACACAGGACUUGAGGCCCGGCAGGAGCUUUUAGCCUACUCUCUCACCCACUGUCCUCCUGACAAUAUCCAUGGCCUUCUGGCUGCCUCCAGUGACCUGCAGACUCAGGUGUUGUACCAGGCAGUUAACUAUCAAAUGGAGCCUGUUAUUACAGAGAGUGGGCGAGAGGCGGACGAGACGGACUCUGUGAAGGCUCACGCUUCCCCUGCAGGCUCCUCUGCAGGGACAGCGAGCGACCUCCUUCAUAGGACUACAGCUAAGACCAUGAAAGUAUUGACCACAACAGGACUUACCACAAAGGCUGUGCUGACCGCAGUCAGUGAUCAUCGCUGGUGGAAGGAAUCGCUGAAUUACCUCCGGCCGCUGCAGGGUCACCACGCGGGAGACAGUAGCUGGGACGGGGUGUGUGAGAACUCCAACCUGGAGCGUCAAGGCUGCAGCCCCUUUUAUCAGGAACUCAUUGAUGAUCCCUGCGUAGACCUGAGUCAAGAUGUGUAUUCCUCCUACAAAGACGUACCCCAGGAAAACUUUGCAGAGGUUUUGUUGAGGACGGGCAAACUGGCUGAGGCAAAAACCGAAGGAGAAACUCUGUUUCCUGCUACAGAGGUUUUGCUUCAGCUGGCCAAUGAUGCGUUUCCCAGGGACAUGAUGCUGGCUCUGUCCUACUUACUAGCCCUGCCUCAGGUGCUGGAUGCCAACAGGUGUUUUGAGAAACAGUGUCACUCUGCCUUGUCGCUCCAGCUGGCGGCGUACUACUACUCUGUGCAGAUCUACUCUCGCCUCCUGCCAUGCUUCAAGAACAAGCACCACACACUUUACCAGGCUGACCCGAAAGAGCUGAUUCGAUCGGUCACACAGCACGUGACUGCAUAUUCAGACUGGCCUGAGGAGCUGCAGAAGCUGAUCAGCCAGCUGCAAGUGUACAACGAGCGUCUGACAGACUUCACCCAGGCUCAGGUGUUACAAGGGCUGGGCCGUGGAGUGGACGUCCAGCGCUUCAGCUCUGACUCAGACUACAAAAAGGAGACCAUCCUCGGCCUUACAGAGACGCUGGAUGACGGUGUGUAUAAAAUCGCUCUGUCCCUGGCUCAGCGCUACAGUGUUCCUCUGUGGGAGGUCUACAUGACUCACCUGGAGUUCCUCUUCACAGACAGCGGUCUUUCCACCAAGGAUAUUGAGUCCCGGAGUGACUCUCUCAGCCUGUUCGACACCUUAAAGUGCAACCCUCAGGCCUUUUACAGCCACAUGACCAAGUACGUUCUUCCCACUGUGGAGGGCACUGACCAAGUACGCCUACUCUACUACUACACCUUACUGGAUGCAGCAGGCUGUGAACCUUACGUCACCACCAGCAUCAAGCCGGACUCCCAUGUCAAACUGCUCAAGAAGCUUAAAGCUGUUGCCAAUGGUUUGAACUACCGAAAGCUGACGGAUGAAUCGACAGAUCCUCUAGCGACUCUACAGCCAGUCCUGACCAGUCAGAACGUACUCUCCAUCUCCAAACUCGCUAACCGCCUGCCUGUACCUGGUGGAGGAGGGGCAACUGUUUCCCCCAGCGCAGUGCAUGCAGCAUGGCUGCAGAAGCUGUUCUGGAAAGGAGACCCCCAGCUGCUCAAAAGGCCCCCACAGGGCGACCCUGACUACCUCCACGCGUAUGACACCUGCGCUAAAUACCUGGACAGGUUGGCCCCUGCAGACGCUGUGCACUUGCUGGAUGGCAUCACGUUCUCACCUGAUGCAGCCGAACAUCUGAGCAUCCAGGCGAGGUCGGAGGUGAUAAAGCGAGCCACCAAAGCCCUGCGCCAGCUGGGCGAGAAGAGCAGGAAGAGAGGAUGCGAUGGCGGCGAGCAGGAAGGGUCCGACCCAGCAGGGAUAACUUUUGAUGAGGCUCUAGCACACCUGCAGCAAUCACAGGCCCACCUGGACACCCUGAGCCAUGACUUCAUUCUGUCACUCAAAGACAGCCUGCAGGGUUACAGUCAACUUUAUGAUUUAUCCCGAUCUGAGAAGUCAAAGGUACACGAGCUAGCAGUCACCAUGGCAACAGAUGGGCAGCCUCUGGACCGCAUUGGAGAGCUUCUUCAAGUGGCUGUUGGGCCUCUAGACUUGUCCGUCAAAACUGUGCUUCAAGUUGCAGUCGAGAGGGUGGUUGCAGCACUCAGUGGAGAUCCAGAAGCUCUGAAAAAUUACCCACAACCCCUCAGGGUCCUGGAGGCCAUGGUGACAGCUGUGCACAACAACGUCCAGACUGGCGACAGCUCCGUGACUUCAGACGACCUCCUGGCCUGGCUGCAUCAAUUCUGCGGCGACGCGUCACUGCCCGUGCGGCCUCGGAUCGACGUGCUGCAGAUUUUGGAGAGUAACUUCAGCCUCCACGACAGCGACGUUCGUCUCCUGCUGCUGUACAGAACUCAGGCCGUCCUCAAGGACAGAGAGCUUCAGAUAGAAGAUGUGGAGAACGAGGGGAAAAGGUACACCCUCUUCCAGGAGCUGCUGGAAGCUGCUCAAAAGUGGGAGGAUUUCCAGCAACUAAUGCUCCUUUUACAAGCAUGGCCACCCAUGAUGAAAGAGGAUGUGGCACAGUCGGAGCAUAACCCCUGGGUACUGCUGACCUCGGCUCUGCUGACCCGCUGCCAGGGGCCAGAGGUCAAAUUAGACCUGGGUCAGCAGGUUGUCAGCAUGGUGCGAUCCCUCUAUAACACCAAACACAAGCUUCCUGCACAGUGUAUCAGACAAAUAUCCAGCCUGCUGCUCCAGAACCAGCCGAGCCUCCAGCAGCCUGCACUCAAACUGAUGGCUGAGAGCAGUGAUGAGCACUUGCUGCAGCUGACUCUGGAUCAGAUCAACAGCAUGACCUCCGAAACGGCCUCCUCCUGCGACGAAGAACUCCUUUCACUGCUCCUGGACGCAGGGCUCCUGGUGGGCUGUGUCUCCUCCACCCUGUACCCCCUGCUCAGCUCCCACAUGCUGUCCCACCAGCAGGAGGGAGGCUGGGAUGUUGAAAAAGCCGCAGCCGAGCUCCUGGCGGCCGGCCACGGACCUAAGGCGGGCUCCCUGCUGCUGGCUCACCGCGGAACUCACCAGGCCCAGUACACCUUCAACUCCGCCUUGGCCGUGCUCAGGAAGUGGCUGUGAAGAAGAACGUGACAGGGAGGCAAUUUGGACCGUAGCCACUGUCUGCAGUGAUAAAGCAGAUUUAGGCAAGGAGAGUGGGAAGGCGUUGAGAGUGGAGUGGAAUUAGAUUGGACUGAGAUCUGAAGGAAUUAGCGUGAGUCAAGAGCAGAAAUAAUAUCAAGCUGUAACUCUGCAUUUUGUUCCGUAAUUGAGUUUCGGGUUCGUGAACGUCAACAGCAGCUGCAAUGUUUGCCUUGAAGUUAUAAGAGCGGAUACCUUUAAUUCUGAAACAUCUGCUCACUUUCUGACACACACACACACACACUAACCACACAAAUACAACCUCUGCCGUCAUGAAUAAAUAUUUCACCGAUCAGAAAAGGCUGCUUGUGUUUAUUUGUACGCCAUUGUGUGAUCAAGUAAUUGAGCAGUAGCUGGGAAGCAGUGGGUGUAUAUUAGCCUAUUGUUCCGUGACAGGUUUGCCUCUUUGACAUCCCACCGUUAAACUCCCUGCCUCUGCUCCAUUGUUUUCCCCCUAAUAAUGUCUAAUUAAUUCCUUCUAAACAAAUUAGCCCCGCAGCUGCCCCGCGCUUUGUUACUCUCUGUGUGUGUGUGUGGAUGCACAGAUACUGUAUGCAAGCUCCUAAACCCCGGUGAUAUAAUGCAGAGCUAAUUAUGAUGAGUACUAAACAUGUUUGCCUGUUUACACACAGUGAUGCUGUCAGCAUGUUUAUCCUCUUUAUGAAAUACGAGAUUUAUUCUGUGCUAACUUACAAUGAAAUAAAUAAAUAAAAACAACACA